AUGAAAAUUUUAUCUUUUACAUGCUUAAUAUUCUUGAGUUUUACUUAUUAAGUGAAAUAUGAAAAUAAAUGCAGUGAUUGCAGUUAGCUGAAAUCACAAAGAGAUUGCGAAUAAUAAUAAAGUAUAAAUGGAAAUUGUGAGUGGAUAAUUGCUUAAGGAAGUACAGCAGCAAAAUGCUAACUUGUAAAUAAAGUAAACUAAAAAUACACGCCAUAUUGUGAGCUUGUAGAUAAGCCAGAAAUAAACUGUGCUAAAACAUUAGGAUGUGCUUAUGUUGACUCAAAAUGCACACAUUUUACAGGAUGCCAAGCAUAUGUUAAAACUACAACAACAGACUGCUAGGCUAUAUCCAAUUUUUGUGUUAGUGAUGGAAAUGCAUGUAUCGAAACUAAAGUGUGUAAGGCUUACACAUUAUAAUAAUGUGAAUCUACUCCAAGUAUCUCAGGAAUCUUGAAAUGUAAAUGGGAUACAACUGCUGGAAAUUGCAGAGAUUAUACGUGUGUAGAAGCAAAUGCUACCUUAAAUACAGAUGAAAAAUGUUCAAGCUGGUUAGCUGGUUGCGUUACCAAUGGUUAAGGUUGCGUUAAUGCUCCAAAACCUGCAUGUUCUACUUACACAGAAAAAGGUGCUGCUUGUUACUUUUUGAUUGGUUCGGAUGGAUAUUGUGAAUUGGCAGCUGGUAACACUAAAUGCAUAGCUAAAUAAUGUACAAAUGCUCCCAAAUCAUUAUCUACUGAUAAUGACUGUUAGAUCUAUUAAAUAGGAUGUAUCACAACAGGAAAGGGUUGUAUUUUUGCAACAUCAAAACCAUUAUGUUCAACCUAUUUUGGUGAUAANUAUAUUAUUCAUUUAUGA